AUGGUUUGCGAUACAGUGGUAUAUCAUCCCUCAGUGACGAGAUUUGUCAAAUUUCUGGAUGGUUCGGCUGGUAGAGAAAAGAUUCUAAGAUUGUUACAAUACUUAGCCAGAUUUUUGGCAGUGCAGAACUCUUCUGUAUUGGCCAGACAAUUACAGGCUCAAUUCACCACAGUGAGAAAGUUCCUGAGGUUCUUGAAACCUUUGAACCAUCUACAAGCCGCCGCUAAGUUUUACGAUAACAAAUUGGCCAGCGACAACGUUAUCAGAGUAUGCAACAUCCUGAAAAAUAUUUUCUUUGCUGCGUAUCUGUCAUUAGAUCAAGUCAAUCUUUUGAGAAUUUUAAAGGUGAUUCCCGUCACCAUCCUUACCGGUAAGAAAGUGCCACGUUGGUCCAACUGGUGUUGGUUGUUCGGUCUUUUGAGUGGUCUAGCUAUGGACCUCCGCAAGAUUCAAACAUCCCAUGCACAAAUUGCUGCCUUUGUAAACGCAAAGCCACAAGGUCAAGGGGAAGAAAAGGAAGAUCACAAGAAAGUAUUGGGGAAGGCUUACCAGGACAGAUAUGCCGCUUUAAGAAGAUUAUUCUGGGACGCAGCAGACUCGUUCAUCGUUCUCAACAACCUGGGAUAUCUGUCCAGCAACGAGGAGUACGUUGCAUUAUCCGGUGUUGUGACUUCUAUUUUUGGUAUGCAAGACAUGUGGAAAGCUACUUAG